AUGAAGAACCUCAUAACUUUCAAUGUGUGGCAUAUGGAAGACCGUGUGCCCGAAGAAGUAAUCUUCAAUGUCGAGUUUUUCAAUGCGGCGUACAUGGCCGCGUGUCUUCGUCUGUCACAACUGUACUUGGAGUCAUGGCGGUUGACAUGGUCGGCACCGUCAUCGAGUUGCGCUGCUUACACCAACGAACUCGACGUAUUUUCGCUCGCUACUGCAGCUCGAGUGAUGUUAGCCAAGAACUUCCAACACAAGUACGAACAUGGGCUCAGCAUACGACUCCACAUGCAAUUCGCGGUGUUAUUCAAGUGA